AUGGCUGGUUUUAUGGGCUUGAUGGUUGCGGCGGAUGCUCACUUUGCAUUGCUAGCUACUAUUGUAAUCAUUAUUGUUAAAAUUGUUAUGAAGACUGGUUACUCUGCUAGUGUAGGCGAAGCUGUGUACGGUGGUGGCACAUCGUCUUUGUGGUCGUAUUCUUCUAUCUCGUCUAUUAAUUCUGUGCUGGUUAUACGUGUUUUCGAACUGCCUGAUGAUCGUGAAUUCAACGGUCGACCCAUCUUUCUUCAUCCCAGCAAUAAUGUUCUUCAAGAAGCAUCCUCCAAAGCAUCCUCAUAUGCCAUUUCUUCAUCAAAAGGCUCUCUUGCUUCAUUGAUUGCUGCUCCUAAUUCAAUGUUUGGGCUUGAUCAUACUGUCUCUUGGACAUCCAACGCAUCAGGGUGA